CCAGUCUGUCUCUCAGGAGGCUGCCGGGUUCUCCAGGACCAUGCGUUGACCCAUAUAGAGGUGGACGGGUGUAAUGACAGCCAGUCAGCAGCAGAGGGAGCUGUUCUGGGGAUGUUUACUUACGAUGACCUGAAAACCAAGAAGAAGACCAGAGUCACCACACAGCUGCAUGGCAGUGGGUGUGUGUCUGGCUGGGAGAAGGGCGUGUUGUACGGAGAAGGGCAGAACCUGGCCCGUUACCUGAUGGAAGCUCCAGCCAAUCAUGUCACUCCAUCAGUCUUCGCUGACACCAUCACAAACAGACUGGCUCCCUACGCCGACCACGUCACCGUCCAUAAGAGGUCUCAAGAGUGGAUAGAGGAGCAGCAGAUGGGAGCGUUCCUCAGUGUUUCUAAAGGCUCAGAGGAACCGCCUGUCUUCCUGGAGCUGCACUACAACGGUUGUCCUGACAACACACAGUGUCCUCUACUGCUGGUGGGCAAGGGCAUCACCUUUGACAGUGGUGGUAUCAGUCUAAAGCCUUCGUCAGGUAUGGACGCUAUGAGGGCUGAUAUGGGAGGAGCCGCCACUGUGUGUUCCGCCAUCGUCACGGCAGCAGCCCUCAACCUGCCAAUCAACAUCAUAGGUCUAGCACCUCUCUGUGAGAACAUGCCCAGUGGGAAAGCCAACAAGCCUGGAGACGUCGUCACCGCCAAGAACGGCAAAACCAUACAGGUGGACAACACGGACGCAGAGGGACGGUUGAUCCUAGCAGAUGCUCUCUGUUACGCUCACAGCUUCAACCCCAGGGCCAUCGUCAACGCUGCUACCCUCACUGGAGCGAUGGACGUCGCUCUGGGUUCAGCAGCCACGGGAGUCUUCACCAACUCUGACUGGCUCUGGGAGCAGCUUCACAAGAGUAAUGGAAACACAUGGCCAUCUCAUGACUAGCGCGCGUGACCAGGA